CUCUCCUUCCCUUUGUUCUUCGUGGCAUAUAUAACGCUGCGAUUUAAUCUUUGUCUCAAUUCGAUCGGAGCGAAGUGGAUCAAUUCACCAUUUGACCUCUUCGGGAUUCUCUCAGGAUUGUUGAGCCAAUUUGGAACAUCGAAAGACUAUUUCAAGUGUAUGAUGAUAGGAUCUGGGAAUAACUUAAAUCGAGGAAGUGCAUUUGUACCAUCAAAUAUGCCAUCCUUGCCCCAAUGCUUACCGUUGGAGCCCAUUACAUUAGGCAAUCAAAAAAUUUCAUGUUCAGGGGAGCUGAAAAAAGCUCUAGGUGUUUCUUCUGGAAAUGCAUUGGAGGACCGUCCUUUUGGAGUAGUACAUCUGAAACGUCAACCUCCGGUGGCUUCAAAGGAGAUGAAGCAUUUUAAAGAUAGCGUGCAAGAUUCAUCAAGAAGGGCCAGGGAAAGAGCAGACAUGCUGAGUGAAUCCCUGUUCAAGUUGGAUAAAUAUAGGGAAGCCAUGAGCUCAAAAAAGCGACAGCGCACUGAAAUUUCACCAAGUGAGAGACUGGGUGGUGAGAACUUGUCUAAAUUGGGAAGCCAGAUUCAGAGAAAUGGUCAUGAUGUUGUUAUUUAUAGAUUGGAAGGCAGAGCAAAGAGUGUAGGUUUGAAUAAGCGCGCUCGUUCAUCCAUAUCUGAUGUUCAGCAGCCAGAAUCCAGGUUCACCACAAUCACAAGUAAUACAACCUUCUUAGAGAAGGAUAAUGAUGAUGGUUCUCUUCGAAGUGAAGAAAAGACUCGGAAAUUGCUUGCUGGAGGAGAGGGAUUGGAUCAGAAAGUUAAAAAGAAACGAUCUGUUGGAGCUGUUGGUUAUAGAAUUAAUAAUGGCAAUCGAGAAAUAAAACGACCUACUCAAACGAAGCUGCAUUCUGAUUCUAAGUUGCGUUCUUGUGAUGCUCAAAGGCACAGACCAAAAUCUUCAUCUGGAGUAAAUGGAAUGAACAGGUUGGAUGGUUCUUCCAAUCCCACUAGUUCAGAUGCCAGUACCAUCUCAAAGAAUGAACUUGAAAGUUCUUUUCCUUUGAAGGGUCGUACUUAUAUAUUGGAACAGAGGAUGCUAAAAGGGAACAAUAGGCCAAGUAACCGGGAAGACAACUCAGUAGGUAGUCAUUGUACUGUGAUUAAAGCAAAGGUUUCUAGGGGACCAAGAACUGGAUCGGUUGUGGGGCUAGACUCAUCCCCAAGCAUUAAUUGUUCAUCUGAAACUCAUCAAACCUGGGAAUCUGCUAGUGUUAGCAAAGCCCAAAUGACUGGACUUUCAAGUAAUCCAAAGCAUGCACUACCGACUGGUUCGCAUCCUGUUACCCAAUGGGUUGGCCAGAGGCAUAAAAACUCUCGUUCUAGGAGAUCAAAGUUGCUGCCACCUGUGCCAGAUCAUGGAGAAAUUCCAAGUCCAUCUCAAGAGUUUGCAGCUUCUGAUUUUGGUCAGAGAACAAAUGCAACAAAUGGAUCAGUAUUGGCUAGUAGUGUUGACAUCAAUACCAUGAAGUUUAAAAAGGAAGUAGAUAAUGUUUCUUCUCCAAGUGGGAUAUCUGAAAGUGAAGAAUCAGGGCCUGGAGAUGACAAAGUCAAACGGAAAGAUGCAAGCAGUGGCAAGUUUUCUUUGAGUGCAGUGGCUGAAGCUGGGUCUUCUAUAUUUCCGAUGAGGAAGAAUAGGGUACUGGCGAAUGAAAAGGGAGAUGGUGUGCGAAGACAGGGAAGGAAUGGAAGGGGUCCUACCCAAGUCAAGCCUGAUAGUCCUUUGGUGAGAGAUAAGUCAGAGAGGCCAUUUGCAGAAAAACCACUCCACAACAUGAAGCCCAUGUCUGGGAAAAUUAGAAGCAAAUCAGGUCGUCCACCAUCUAAAAAACUAAAAGAUCGCAAGGGUUCAGCUCAUGUGGGGUUAACUUGCCGCUCCACAGAUAUAACAGGUGAAUCUGAUGAUGAUCAAGAAGAAUUAUUUGAGGCAGCCAAUUCUGCUCGUAAUGCCAACGUUCGUGCAUGUACUGGUCCAUUUUGGCAAAAAGUGAAUUCUAUCUUCGAUUCUGUUAGUCCAGCUGAUGCAGCAAACUUGAAGCAACAGCUAAGUUUGGCUGAGGAGCUUGGUGAGAGGUUAUAUCAGAUGCAGGUCAUUGAACACGAUAACUUGGAUCUUGGUGUGCAUGUAACUGAAACCAAUUGUUCUGAAGAAAUCCGAGGGUCCAACUUGAGUAAGGAAUUUACUCUGUCUGGUGCAAAAGGUGGAAAAUUUGACGUGGGGAGACUGGACAAGGCUGUACCCCUGUACCAUCGAGUUCUUUCUGCUUUGAUUGAAGAGCGUGAUUGUGAUGAAUAUUACCACCAAAGUGAAGGGAAGCACACGUUUCUGCAAUCAACAAGUGAUGAUUCUCAUUGUGGUUCUUGUAACCUUAAUGAAAAUGAACAUAGAGAUAGAGUGGAAUCAGAGGCUGAGUCAACGAUAGAUUUUCAAAUCUCGAAGAAUAUGUUUGACAGAUUCUCUUAUGAUAGAACUGCUAGAACUGCUGUGUCUAACUCAUACCGGAACCCAAGCAUGUCUAACUUCAUUCAUGGUGGUGAGCAGUGGCGAGGGGAGGAUGAUUUAUCACAUUGUGAUGUUGGACACGCCAGUGAAAUAUGUUCAAAUGAUUCUUUCCAGCUACAAUAUAGGGAUCUUAAUGCACCUAAUGUUUCUUCCAACUGCCAGUAUCAGAUGAUGCAACUAAAUGACAAACUUCUACUGGAACUACAGAGUAUAGGGCUGUAUCCAGAGACCUUGCCUGAUCUGGCCGAGGGAGAAGAUCUCAUAAACCAAGAAAUUAUGGAGCAUAAGAGAAGCUUGUGCCAACAGAUUGAGAGAAAGAGGCGCAACCUGGAAAAGGUGGAACAAUCUAUCCAGAGAGGAGAAGUUGUGGAUAAACGGGAAGUCGAGAAAGUCGCAAUGGACAAACUUGUUGAGAUGGCUUACAGUAGGAAAAUGGGAUAUCGUGGCAGUAGUGGCUCAAAAAGUACGGUCCGCAGGGUCUCAAAAUUAGCAGCCCGGUCCUUUAUGAAACGUACUCUCACUAGAUGUCACGAGUUUGAAGAUAGCGGGAUUAGUUGUUUCAGUGAGCCUGCAUUGCAGGAUAUUAUUUUCUCUACACCUUCGAGCAAACGAGAUACAAAAACUGUUGACUUCUGUGGCUCUACAACUACUAAUACAUUUUUCGAGGCUUCCCAUCAGAUGGACGAUAGGGGAUUGGGUGCUACAGUUUUUGGGCCAUCUGAGAGAUAUGAUUCGCAGAGUGAUACAGUGGAUAAAGGUUCUUCAAAUGCCCAAGCCAUUAAUUCUUCUGAGCAACACUCCAUGCGUGGAUCCAUGAUGACGAUGAUUAAGCAGAAGAAGAAGAAGAGGGAAAUGCGCAUAAUAGACGAAGUUGCUGGAAGUGCUUCCUCCAUGCUCACAUCUGGUCUCUCCCCAGGCACAAAAGGCAAGAGAAGCGAGCGAGAAAGGGACCCAAACAAAAACCAUCCGCUUUCCAACAUCUUUGGUCCUUCAUUGGAUGGCUGUCAAGGUGCCCGUAGAUCAAGGGCAAAUCCCAGGCAGAAAGGUAGUUGUUUGUCAACAACUUCAGCAGCAAGUAGAUCUGAGAAGAACCAACUUUCAGAAGUGCCAAAAUUUGGCGACAGAAGCAGAGCGUCGUUGGGGUCAUCGAAAGACGAGGCUGAGGAGUCGAGUGGCUUGAGUAACUUGCAAUUGCAUGAUAUAGAUGGCAUGGAAGAACUAGAUGAUGUAUCGAAAGACCUGGGUUCGUGGUUGGAUAUUGACGAAGAUGGGUUACAAGACCAUGAUGAUGAUGGUAUAGGUCUAGAAAUUCCAAUGGACGAUCUUUCUGAGUUGAAUAUGCUGGUUUAGUUGUACACUUUGAUAAUGUGUUGUAUAUAAUUCCUUUAUUAAGCAACUAUUUUGCAUGCAGCAAGUUCUGUGUCAUAGUUGUAAUCAAGAGUGGAGUGGAAGUAAGCAAGUAUUUGUAACUUUUUGUGUUAUUCAUA